AUGCCCGGUGUCUGCGAGGUGUGCUCGACAGAACCGUCUAAAUAUCGUUGUCCGAUAUGUUCUCUCAUGAGCUGUUCUCUCGUCUGCACCCAAUCUCAUAAAAUAUACUGUGCUCCUAAACCUGCCUCUACAAACGACGAGCCGACCACAUCCAACACACCACCUGGUGCCGCUAUCUUUGGUGCAACUGAGGACAACAAAUCCACCGCAGAGACUUCUGGUACUAAGACGAGCGAGAGUCACGCCGCGAAUCUCGCCUCCUCGACCGAGCUCCAAGCCCUCUUAUCACGAUACCCCGAUCUUCGAAGCCAAUUGUACGAAAUCUACCAUGCGACGGAAGAAGAGGAGUGGCAGGAGUGGUAUACUCCUCCGACGAGGGGACGGCCACAUGGAAGAGGAGGCCGCGGUCCUUCACGGCGCAGUAGGGGUACCUGGACAGCAGAGAAAGGAUUUAACCGGGGAUUGGGCAAAGUGCGCAAGCUCCGACAGGAUUGUGAAGCAGGAACGGAGACUGGACCCAAAGCAGUCGCCUUUAUGGAGUUCUUGGCCUUGGUCAACCAGGAGCAACAAUCCUGA